UAUUUACUUAUUGAUUGGCAUUAUAGGCUUGCAUAUCUUAUUUGCAGAAAUAAAAUAAGAAACUAUUUUUUGUCAAAGAUAGAUGUUCUUCGGCAACUUCCUGGUUGACACUUUACAGAUAUCAGCUUUUGUAGCACUUCGAAAUAAGGGUGUAAAAUGCAAAAGUGACAAGCUGCAGAAUGCCAAUAUUUCAAAAGCUGUUCAGCAAUGCCGACGAGAAAGGCAAGCCUGCUGUCACGCCUCCUGGGACUCAGGCUAUGGGGGCAUCACUGCAGAGAAAGUUUGCAAAGGGAGUUCAGUACAACAUGAAAUUAAUCAUCAAGGGCGACAGGAAUGUCGGGAAAACAGCUCUUUUUCAAAGGCUUCAAGGGCAGAAAUUUCAUGAAGAAUACAUACCAACUGAUGAAAUUCAGGUGGCCAACAUUCAGUGGAACUACAAGACCACAGAUGAUGUUGUGAAAGUAGAAAUAUGGGAUGUCGUGGAUAAAGGAAGGAAGAAAAAGAAAAAAGAAGGCCUUAAACUUUCUACUGCGGAGGAUGAGCUGGAUGAUGAACCGUGCCUGGAUGCCAACUUUGUGGAUGUGUACAAAGGGACCAAUGGCGUGGUCCUGAUGUAUGAUAUUACCAAACAGUGGACAUAUGACUAUGUAGAAAAAGAGUUUGAGAAAAUCCCUGCCAACAUUCCGGUGCUGAUUCUUGGUAACCAUAGAGAUAUGGGUCACCACAGAACUGUCCUUGAAGACAAGGCUCGGUACUUUGUGGAAGGCCUGCAGAGACCGGCUGGAUCAGGACAGGUCCGGUAUGCAGAGUCCUCCAUGAGAAAUGCGUUUGGCCUGAAGUACAUCCACAAGUUCUUCAAUUUGCCAUUUCUGCAACUUCAGAGAGAGACGUUACUGAAUCAGCUGCGAACUAACGAGCACGACAUGCAGUCAACGCUAGAAGAGCUUGACAUUCACGAGGAGUCUGAGGAACAAAACUAUGAUGUUUUCAUUGAGUUUCUGGGCAAAAAGCGUCGUGAGAACCAGGAAGCUCAAGGCGUUAAGGGAGUUGUGCCUGCACCUAAACCUCAGAGCUUACCCACCAAACCCACCACCCUGCCCAAUGUUCCUAGAUCAAUAUCAGCACCUGCCAUACACAAAUCUGCCAUUACACCAGAGUCCAGCAAUACCCUUACUACGCCAACCCCCACCAAGGCUACCACCUUGUCAUUAGCCAGCUCUCCCAUCACAGAGGUCGCAGAAGUCAAUGUCACUGAUGGCGGGAAGGCGUCGGCUCCAAACACCAGUGAGCAUACCAAGGGGUCGUCUCAAAAUGCAGAAAAAUCCAGUGAGCUGGCAAAGGGGUCGUCUCAAAAUACUGCUCAGAAACCUCCUGAGCAGAAGACAGGGUUCUUCUCAAAAUUAUUCAACAAGAAAACAGCUCCCCAGCAGGCAAAAGCCCAAGAAACAAAAGAUGAGGUGGUUGCUGAACCUGAGGUCCCGGUGAAGAGUGUAGAUGACUUUGUGCCGGAGACCGGUGGCCUUGACAACUUCCUUGACGAUGCCAGGGAGGUCAAGGACACACCCAGUGUAGACAAGGACAACAGUGAUAGUGACGAGGAUGCUGGGAACCCGAUGGUGGCAGGUUUCCAAGACGAGCUUGACUCUGAAGACGAGAUGGUAGCCAGCUCCUCAAUGACGCAGGUGGGAACCAGUCGUCUUUCAGUGGCACCCGACCUUGACCUCUCUAGUGAUGAUGAGAGUGGUCUCCCCUCCAGUAAUGUGCAUGUUGUCCAGUAUAGCCAAGACUUGUCAUCAGACGAUGAUGUGAAAAAAAGUGCAAAGAAAGACAUUGUGAAUAAUGUUUCUAGAAAAACGGACACCAAAGUUAAAUCAAAACAAAAGUCAAUGUCGUCGGAUAGUGAAACGGAGGAAAUUAGUGUGAGUAAAGAGGAUUCUCAUUUGACUAAAGCUAAAUCACAUUCUGACCUGGACAGUGAUACAGAAUCCGCUCGUGGUGAUAAUGGCAAUAAAUAUUCUAGUCAAGUACAUGAAGAGGUUGUUUCUAGUACAGCAAGUACUCUCAAUGCAAGUUCUCGGAAGAUUUCUUCAGAUUCCAAUAAUUCUGACCAUAAAACAGUGGUAGCCAAUCAAAAGACUUCUAAAAUUAAACCAACCAAUCAGAACUCAGAUUCAGAUUCAGACGACACUGGUGCCCAAGUUGCUGUGUUACAAGACACAGACAUCAAUCCAGAUGAUUUUGGUGGUGCUGACGUCUUUAAUGAUUGGCUAAACAAGCAGGAAGAGGCAGCCAAGUCACCAAAGGUCAUACAUGAGGUUGCAGAGAAAGGUGAAGGGCAUUCCACAAAGAAGAGUAAAAAAAAGGCAGCAAACAGUUCAGAUGCAAAUGAGGAGCCUGAAAAGGAGGCCAAGAAAAAGAAGAAAAAGAAAGUCAAGGACACUGACGAACCUGAGAAGAAACAUCGCAAAAAGGAUCGAAGCAAGGGAGAAAAAGAGAGCAAAGACAAGGAUCGUGAUGGAGAGAAGAAGAAAAGGAAGAAGAAAAAGGAGGCGACGGCUCAAAGUAACGACAUGGAUGACUUUGAGAAGUUCCUGGCAGAUGAUAAAGCAGAUGGGAAAAAUUAUGAAGCAUUUUAGGAGUUUUGGAGUUUGUAAACAGUAAAAAAAAAUGUGUUCAAGUAUAAACAUUUGUUGAAUAAAAAUGUAUUGGAUUUCCAUGGCUAUACAACUGAACCAAGCCUAUCUUAGCACUUAGGAAGUUAAAAUAUACUUUCAAUCAAAUUUGAUAGUGAUAUAAAAAACUUUGCUUACUUAAGUGAUGCAAAGAAUACUACAUGUUCAUCCUUCACGAUGCCUAAAGGAGUCUAUUGAUUGUUAAUACGUUAUUAUAUUUUGAGAUAUAUAAUAUUCUUAUAUUUAAAAUUUAAAGGUUGCUUAAGAAGUAGGUAAUAUUUUAUUUAGCACUGUGUAAAAUAUUGAUCACUAUAAAGAGUUUUGCCAGGGACACUUAGUGUGUUCAUGAAAAUAGUAGUACAUGUAGUUAUCAAGUCGUUAUGAAUGAAAUCUGUAUGACAUGAAAUAUUCCUUCAAGCAUGGGGCUAUCAAAAGGUUACUGCAGUGUGAUCAAAUUCUAAAGAAGUGCAUGGGGUUGAAUCCUGCUUAAGGCAUGUAUCAAAACCAUUAUAUCCAGGCUUUGUUGAGCUUUUUCUUAAUGUUUGUGCGUACAGCUCAUUGUUACCAGAUAAAUACGGUAUAUGAACUAAAUGUUGGAACAUGUAUUGUUUUACUAGUUGUUUAUAUAUUAGGAAAUGAUGGUCAAUAUGCCACAUUAAGAUAUGCGGUUUUAACUGAACCUCAUAGUUGAUAAAGUUGUUGAUACACUUGUUCUUAGUUUUUGUUCUCAUGUUGUUAUUGUUAAAUGUUAUUUGUGGAUUGAAUUGUGUAUUGCUUCUUUAAUGAGUUAAUUUAUUUUGUUUAGUUACUAGUUCAAACACUUAAUAUUAUGCAAAAACUAAUUAAAGGCAAAAGGUACAUACAUGUAUAAAUAUCAAUAUUUAAAACUUACAUUUUCAAAUGUUCAAAGGACUAAAUUACAAUGACAUUUUCAUAUUCAUGGAAGCAUUAUUUGUCAGCAAAUUGUGAAACAGGGUAAUCACUUUGAUUUGUUUUAUGUUACAACAACUGUGAUAGUUUUAAUUUAUACAGAAAAAGAAUAUGAAGUAUUGAUGCCUCUAGAAGAGUGUAAGGCCAAGUAUAUGUGUCUUUGUUACAAUUUGGCUUUUUGCAUAUCAAUAAAAGGUGUGUUUACUAUGUACUCAAUAUUUGAUUGUUAUCAACCAAACCUAACUGCUAAGCUAAAUAAUGGAAUAAUUUCCGUGGUUCUGUUGUUGUCAUUAAGAGUGUUAAUAACACAUUUAUAGCUUACAAAGGUUAAAAAAUUGCAUGCAUAUCAUCAUAACUUUGGGAUUAAGAUGUUCAGUCUAGUUUGGAAUAUGGAAGAUUAGUACAAGAAUUGAAGCUGUCAUAUCAGAAUCAACAUUGACCCUUGUUACAUGGUUUUAUGGGUAAUUCAGCAUGAGUAUCUCUAGUAGUACCAUUUUAUGUACCGAUAUUUGUUUUCAUAAAGUCUUCUUACCGCCAAACUUACCAGUUACAAUACACUUGUUGCAAAUUCACAAACAUAUAUGCAAAAUAAUCUUAGUAUUUUAUUGUUGCUAUUGUUGCUUAAGUUAUUUUAUUAAGGUAUUUUAAUCAACAAAAACAUUUAUAUGCAUGUAAAAUUAUCACUCAGCAAUUUUUAUAUGACACAGACCUUUAUGCAUCUACUGUUUUAUUUGAAAUGCGAAGAUUAGUUUCUUGAUAGAGGUUACAUCUAUUUAAUAUUCCUGCUGAAAACUGAAGCAGUUCUAUUAAAGUUAUCAAACUUCUAAACCUACAAGAAAAAAGUAUUGGUAUCUAUAAUAAAAGAAAUAAAUCAAGCUUAUAAAUUAGGUGAAGAAAGUAUUCAGGUUAAGGUUAAUUUUUGCAACUUCAUGAUAUCAGUGUUUUUUAAUUUGUAUAUGCUGAUAGAUUGUGUAUUCAUUUGUUAUAUUGACACUGCUUUUUUGUUUCAGAGUCAGUUAAUUGUUAAAUAUUGUAUGCAAUGUGUUUUUAAAUUUACCAACAAUCGUCAUUUAUAACACAAUAUGAAUAGGUCGCAGUGGCGUAGCCGAUAUGGUGUCUGUGUAGCGAUCUGGAGGUCACAGGCUCAAUCGAUUAUUAUCCCCACCAUGGGAGUGUUCUUUAGAUCCCCACCCAAAGACAUCAAGUACUGGGUCUAAGCAGGAAACCGUCUCGAGAGCAUUUCAAUAAGCCCUAGGCUUUGAUUGCAAUUGAUAUCAGAUAAAUGGGUUUAACAAAAAAAAUAUAUAACUGAAUAUAUAAGAUAAAUAUCAUAUGGUUGUUUUGCAUAGAAAGUGCUCAGUUAAAAUAUAUGACAUGUCAAAUAGGGUUGUGCAAUUGUACAAAAAAAAUUGCCUUGACAUUUUGAAUUCUCAUAAUCAAUUACACUAUCUGUAAAUGCUUCAGACGUAAUUUUGACACUUAUUGUGAUUGUGUGCAUCUUGAUGUACAUUUUGUUAGAAAACCCUAUCUAAGCAAAGGAAGAAAGUUUUGUUUUAAAUAACACUACAUUACAUGUAUACAUGCAUAGUAAAUUAAUAAUUGUCAAUUAAAGCUGAUAAAAUAAAGAAGCAUUCUCAUCUCUUUUUUACUGUAUUUUGCAAAACAUGUGUAACUUAUAUCGCUUUAAAAAUACUCAUAUUGGAAGGUCAGAAUUUUCCAAAUAGUUGAUGCAUUUUUUUACCAUCCAUAAUGUUAUAAAUAUGUGUCCUGUCAAAGAAAAUAUGUUUGUAUUUUUUGGGUUUGGUUAAAUAAUAAUUAUCUCAAAUAUUUAUUGAUUUUUUUCCAAAAAAAGCAAAUUCGGUGGUAAAAUGCUUUCAGAUUCUGUUUAGACAGGUUAGUCAAUCUAACAUCUAAUACAUCUGAUAAAUUACUUACUAUAUUUAUUGAUUUUUUUAGCCAAAUAAAUAUUUAAAAUCCAUCUCUGUUAUGCCUAUUUUAUGUAUUUGUGUGCAUUAAACGACUGCUCUGUUUCAAUUUCUAGCUCACCUGAGGAAGAUGUGCUAAAUGAGAGUGAUUGUGAUCACCCUAUAUCUAGCAUCUUGCUGUGUACAUUUUCAACAUUAAGCUUGUUACCACUCUUGAGGCAAAAUUGAGCUUGAUUGGUCAUUAUUGGCUCGGGUACUACUUACAUGUAACCCAGGUACUUUCAUGCACCUCAGGUACGGUAAAUAUACUUAAACGUACCCGGUCUAUAUUAGACUAUAUCUGAGUGAUUUCAUGCCCAACAUCCGAUGUUGUAAAAGGCGCUACCGAUUACUGAAAACGAUAUUGUUUAUCUUAAACAAACUGUUCUUUUAAAAAAACUGCAUCAACAUGCUUUUUAUGCCCCCGGAUUGGAUGAUGGGGGGUAUAUUGUUUUUGGCCUGUCUGUCUGUCUGUCAUUCUGUCCCAAAACUUUAACCUUGGUUAAAGUUUUGAGAUAACUUUCGCAAUAUUGAAGAUAGCAACUUGAUAUUUGGCAUGCAUGUGUAUCUCAUGGAGCUGAACAUUUUGAGUGGUGAAAGGUCAAGGUCAUCCUUCAAGGUCAAAGGUCAAAUUUAUGGCUUCAAAGCAGCACAGUAGGGGGCAUUGUGUUUCUGACAAACACAUCUCUUGUUGAGCAAGAGUUUCAGUAAUAUAGAGGUCAUUUAACAGAAAACUGACAUAAAUGUGAAUAUAAUUAAUUUAAAAAAACAAACCGACAGGGACGAUUUAGCGUUAAAAUGGGGUACAUGAAAGUAUAUUUAAGAGUACCCAGGGUACAUGUAAGUAGUACCCGAGCUGACAAUGACCAAUCGAGCAACAUUAACAACCCAAUCUUGAUGAAACUUGGUUAAAUGGUUACCUUGACAAUAUCUAGGCCGAGUUUGUAUGGGGGUCAUAGGGGUCCAAAAAAUACAUCAUCUUGUCAAGGGUAGAAAACCCUUUUAACACUCACUCUCAGGCCACAUUUAUGACUCUGAUCUUGAUGAAAAUUGGUCAGGAUGUUUAUCUGAACAAUCUUUUAGCCAUGCAUGAAUCUGGAAAAAAUAUCACCCAGUCAAGUGUGUGACAAUUGUAUUUCCUUAAACUCAUGUGAGCGCUUUGGGCCAUCGUGGCCUCUUCUUUCAUUUUAAUGUUAUUUUAACUGUUGUAAUUGCCAUGCUUUAAAAAUAAAAAAUGAAAUUAUUAUGUUAAA